CCUAAAAUUCACGCACGAAGUAAUUUUGAUACAAAACACAAAUUUUUAGUUAAAAAUUGUAAAUAUUGCUCAACACUGAACACGCGUUGUUCUUUCGUAUAACGCUCCAUUUUUGGUGACCCUGAACUGUCAGCUAUCACGCUGUCUUUUUUUCGUUAGUAACACUUAACUGCACAAAUUACGCAAAAUUCAAAUCUUACGUGAAUUUUGGGACACCCUUCAGAUGUCCCCCUUCGCGGUUGUACUUAUGUUACUGGGACACCCCGUAGAAUGUGAAGCGACAUAACCUGCCAUAAGCAUAUGAGUAGUAAAUAGCAAAAAACAAUUUUUUAUUUUAACUUAAAUCUAAAAAUUAAAUUAAUUUAAUGGAUAUGAACACUAGCAUGACUAUUCAAAAUGCAAUAGAAAUGUUCACAUCUAUCAUGCGAUCGUUAAAUAAUAUUGAUCAACAAACAUUUUUAUCAUUUAUUGCUGAUAAUUGGAAACCUGAAGAAAUAAAGAUUCAGUCUUCUCAAAGUGGCAAUUCUCAUGAAAAAUAUAGUUUUUGGGAAAAACAAUUAAACGAUAUAAAAAAAAUCAUUAUUGAUAUAAGAAGCAGAGUACCAUUUGAUGGUAUACUUCCAACAGAACACAUUGUACCACCAGCAGUUGGAGAGAAUUCAGAUUGUGAUAAUAAAACAACAAAACAUAUUGAUGCAUUUCUUUAUGAUGAUACGGAGAUGGAUAAAUUUAUAGAAGAAGAGCAACUAUAUAAUUUAUAUUGUGCUGACUGUGGGUCUAGCAAUGUGAGAACAUACAAAAUUAUAUCACACUCGUUGUCAGUACCUGCCAUGUUAUAUAUAUUUCAUAGUAUUUUACCAUCUUUGGAAGGAAAAAUUUUACUUGAUAUAGGAUCUAGAUUAGGUGCUGUUUUAUAUGGAGCACAUAUAUUCACAUCUGCAAAAAAAAUCAUUGGUGUUGAAAUGAAUAAAGAACUUUGUACACUACAGUGUGACAUAGUAAAUAAACAUUACAUGAAUGAUCGUAUUGAGAUUUUGAAUAAGAGAAUCGAGGAGUGUCCUGAUAUUGUACAGAGUAGUGAUGUUAUCAUUAUGAACAACCCAUUUGAGUUUUUUGUCUCAGAAUCAGUACACAUAGAAAUUUGGAAAUUUUUGAAAGCUAACAUUCGAAAAGGAACAAUUUUAGUUACCAGGCCGCCCAUUGAAACUACUUUUAAAAAUUUAAAAACUGGAAUAUCAUUAAAUAAGUGGAUAAAACCUUAUAAACUAGGAAAGACUAUACAGGAAUCUCAAAUGUUUGUAUCAUUAUCCUUAGAUACCACUGAACGUUCAAACAUUAAAUUCUAUGAAGUACUCUAA